AUGCGUAGGCGGCGGCAGGACAAGCCGGCCAUCUCGGCGCGACUUGUUCUCGAUGACCGUAUCAAGAGCGAUGUCGGCAUCAUAUCGGAAGAUCUCUUCUCUGACCUCUUUCCGCACCUUAGGGAUGGCUCCGAGGACGACCUCCCAGAUCAGACAUACCACAUCGCGUUGUCUCCAUGGUCCCCCAACGCCGCGCCAGCCGAGACUGCCUGGUCCGUUGUCCCCGUCGUGCGAUCUUCUACACUGGCUCAUUCCACGGUGCAAUUUUCCCCCUCGUCCUCAGCCCUUCAGAGCUUUGCCGUCGCAUUGCAGGAAGUUGCGCCGUCCAAGUUGUCUAGUCAUAGCCGAAGCGGCAUAGAGGUACUGGUACUGGAUGUGGUUCCUAUACCCCUCGAGACCGUAUUUGUCAGUUUGGAGAGCGAGUCGACGAAACGCUUGGAGAAUGGCGAAGGCACAUUUUUCAGAGAGCACCCGAAAAAUCCCAGAGGGAAGAAUGUUGCCAAUAUGACACCCGAGGAGCGACUCAUCACCGCCAUCCGAUCGUCUCUUAGCAGCCUUAGAGUUGCGCACGCCGGCGACCUGUUUGCUCUGCCGCUGGCACCACAUCAUGUUACUCAUGUGCCACCAAAUCCGGGCAAAAUUAUGCUAUGUGAGCCAGUUGCGCAAGGUAUCUUGACCGACGAAACAAAAAUUGUUCUCAUGCGUGGGAGACACACAAGACACAGCCGAGGGACGGCAUCCAUGACCGCUAGCCAUCGGCUUAAUGGUGUGGGCGAGGAGGAAGAGGACGGAAAUACAGACCAAUUUUUCUCAGCUGCAGAAGAGCGUUAUCGAACGGAUGCAAAAGCUGACGAGACUGUGACCGAAACGGAGACGGAAUUGUCCGCGACAGAGCAGGAAGACGAGCUGUCCGACGAUUCGAUGGAUGAAAUGAUCACUCUCGAGGCUCCAAUGCUUCCCACUACGAAUAUGAGCGGACUCGGCACGAUGCAGCCCGGCACUCCAAUGACGAUUGGAACACUCCGCGGCAGAAAAACGAACGGUGUCGCAACCCCUGGAUCCAUCUUCUCCAACUUCACUUCUGCUACUGCUCGACCUGAUCGACCUAGAGGCCGACUUUUUAGAGCACAUGGAUUGGUGAAACCCAUCCCUUCUGAUCUGCUUCACCCAAAGCCAGCCCCCGAAGAUGAUGAGGAAGCGAGAAUAUAUGUCGACAUGACCUCCUUGCCCAAAAUUGGAUGCUUUUCCGGUGACUGGGCUCGAAUCGAGGUGGCGGAAGAGCCGCCUUUGAACGGAUUCGGUGCUUUUGGACUGGGCAGCUUUGGCAACACGGAGUCCGAAGCAUCAAACUGGCGCCCCGUCCGAGUGUUUGGCCUUCCAGAAGGUUAUUCUCAACGACCAGUUACGAGGAUUCCGAGUUCCCGAGCAGGCGAGAGGAGAAUGUCUUUCUUUGAAUCUCAAGUACAGCGACCUACAAGUCCUGCCGCAUACGCAUCACCUAUUCUGAUUGCUAAUCUGGACGGUGCUACGCACUUGCGUGUCUCGGCUCUUAAACGAUCUGCCUACCAAGGCAAAGGGACUCUGCCUCGCUUCACCAGCGCAUCUCGCCCGCCCUACGCAAAAGAUAUUGCCAUUCACCACAUUCGAACUCCCGUUUCAGCUGAAAGAGCUUACCAGACCGCUGUGUUGGGCGGAUUGAAACGGUACUUUGCUCAAAAAACUCGCCUGGUACGGUCUGGAGAUCUGAUUGCAGUGCCAGUCGAUGCCCAACUGGGAAGAGCACUACAGGAAGCUACUGGCGCUGGAGGCUCAGAGGUAGAUGACGUGAUGGCAUUAACAACUGGUGAGGCAAGGCCCGGUCAACCGUCUACGCGGAUUGACAGCGUUGCCUGGUUCAAGGUCGGCCAUAUUCAAAUCCAAAAAUCUGACGAGGACGAGGACGGCACUGCCGAGGCUUUCUGGGGCUCGGUGACGUGCAUUGACAGCUCGACUGUCGGUAUGCACGGAUCUGGGUUUGAGACGAGCCGUGUACCGGGAAUGGGGCAGAGCUCAUGGCCAUAUUAUCUCGGGCUAAAGAAAGCCCCAAGACGUUCAUCUGAUGCUAGUCCGCUAGCUGUAUCAGAUCAAAGGGAAAAGUUUGUCCCGCCCUUAAGGCGGCAGCUUCGCGAACUGCUCGCGGCCGGGACCAGCCCCAGGGCAAUCCAUCUCAAGAUGCCCCCAAUUGCCAUUUUGUUAACAUCCACCCAUCGAAACAUUGGCAAAGCUACACUGGCUAUGGCAGCCUGUGCUGAUAUCGGACUUCAUACGUACACCAUUGACGCCUAUGAUAUCUUGAGUGAAGGGGGCGGGAGUGGAAGUGACGUCAAGACAGAAGGUUUCCUCCGAACGCGUGCCGAGAGAGCUAGCAGCUGCGGUCCAGACUGUUGUGCCCUUCUUAUCCAGCACAUCGAGGCCCUCACUGCUGAUAGAAUCGAGUCUACGAUGAAAGAAAUUCUAGAAGAUACCCGAGUUCUCAUCGCAACCACGAAUGAGGUGGAUCAAGUUCCAGACGGUGUCCGAGCUUUAUUUACGCAUGAGCUGGAGAUGGGGGCGCCAGAUGAAUCAGAACGUGAAGCGAUUCUGAGGAACGUAGUCGACGACCGAGGUGUCACUUUGGAGCCGACGAUUGAUUUGAAUUCAGUCGCAUUGAAGACCGCUGCAUUGGUCGCUGGCGACUUAGUUGAUGUUGUUGAGCGGGCAUCCUUGGCUCAGCAUGCGCGACUCGAAGCACUUUCCUCCAAGAACACGAACUGCGACACUGUUGUUACGAUCCGAGAUGUUCAAGUUGCAGGAGGUCCAAUUGCCCGGUCUCUCACGGCUGGGGACUUUGAAGUCGCUGUAGAAGCUGCUCGCAAGAACUUCUCCGAUUCCAUUGGGGCACCCAAGAUCCCCAAUGUCACCUGGGAUGAUGUUGGUGGUCUCAGCAACGUCAAGGAUGCAGUCACUGAGACGAUUCAAUUGCCACUGGAGCGCCCUGAACUCUUCGCCAAGGGCAUGAAGAAGCGAUCAGGUAUCCUUUUCUACGGGCCACCUGGCACCGGUAAGACUUUGUUGGCAAAGGCUAUUGCCACAGAAUACAGUCUCAACUUCUUCAGUGUUAAGGGACCAGAACUGCUCAACAUGUACAUUGGUGAGUCUGAAGCCAAUGUACGGAGAGUGUUCCAACGUGCAAGGGACGCUCGCCCUUGUGUUGUGUUCUUUGAUGAAUUAGAUUCCGUUGCUCCAAAAAGAGGUAAUCAGGGUGAUAGUGGCGGUGUUAUGGAUCGAAUCGUCUCUCAGCUUCUGGCCGAACUUGACGGCAUGUCUGGUGGAGAUGACGCAGGUGGUGUGUUCGUUGUUGGAGCCACCAACAGACCUGACCUUCUGGAUCCAGCUCUCCUUCGUCCUGGCCGAUUUGACAAGAUGCUUUACCUAGGGGUGUCUGACACUCACGAAAAGCAGCAAACCAUCUUGGAAGCGUUGACCCGAAAAUUUACGCUUCAUCCUUCAGUUUCGCUGCGGAACGUUGCCCAACAGCUGCCAUUCACGUACACAGGUGCCGAUUUCUACGCCCUAUGCAGCGACGCCAUGCUCAAAGCAGUCACGCGGCAAUCAUCUGCCGUGGAUGCCAAAGUCCGUGCCAUCAACGCCGAGCGCGCGGGUAAAUCUGAAAUCUCCACGGCCUAUUUCUUUGACCACUUCGCUACCAAGGAAGAUAUCGCCGUCAUGGUUACUGAAGCAGACUUCCUGGCCGCCAACGACGAGCUGAUUCCUAGUGUUAGCGCCGGCGAACUGGCGCAUUACGAAAAAGUCCGCGCAACCUUUGAGGGAAGCCGUGAUAAGCAACCCAAAGCCAGCGUCGCCAUGUCGGAGAAUAGAGCGUCCGGCAAGGGCAAGCUCAGUGCCAAGGCCCAUGGCAAGCUGCCUGCACCAAGCAAGGGUAAAGGCAAAGCUCCUGCGCUGGAUGGCGAUGGCGAUGACGAGUAUGAUGACGACUCGGACGCUACGCCCGUUGGUACCAUCAAUGGUCGGUCAAAGGGUAAAGGGAAGGCUGUCAUGGGGUUUCAAGACGGGACUGCCAGUGAUGACGACGGAUUGUACUAA